AAAUAGUGGGAUUGAAUACUAUAGUGGUCGGCGCUGCUCCAGCGUCAUCGAAACGCCUCUGUUCCGCCCUUGUUCGCCGCGCUUCCGCGUGUUUCCCUUCUGUUUGCCUCGGUUCCGUCGUGUGUUCGAGCUUCCGUUCAGCCGCCAUUCCGCGGCCCUUGUCUUCCAGUCUCUGUUCAGCCUCUGUUCCGUCGCAUGUUCAAGCCUCCAUUCAGCCGCCGUUCCGCCGCUGUUCAGCCUCUCAUCAGCCGCUGUGCAGCCCUCCGUUCAGCCAUCUCCGUCGAGUUUUAAAGCUCCAGCUCCCUCUCCCUCCUCUGUUGAUUUUCAGAACAUGUGAAAACUAAGCAGCAGCAGAAUUGGAAGAUUCACAAUAACAGAAAUGGCAUCUUCAUUAUCCAUUCUUGGACUCCCACCACAAUUUCCCUCGUACACAGACACACCAACAACAACUGCACUUCUGCCAUUACGAUACCUCCUUUCGCUCAUACCCAAAUGCUCCUCUCUCAGGGAACUGAAGCAGAUACAAGGCUACACCAUCAAGACCAAUCUCCAAAAUGACCUCACUGUCAUCACCAAAAUCAUCAAUUCAUGCACUGCCAGACCUACACCAGCUUCAUUGGACCAUGCACACCACCUGUUCGACCAAAUUCCCCUACCAGAUAUUCUCCUUUUCAACACCAUUGCACGUGGGUUCGUGCACUCUGAUGACCCGUUUAGAGCAAUUCUGAUGUUUUCCCAAGUGUUUUGCUCCGGAAUCCUUCCUGAUGGUUACACAUUUUCCUCGCUCUUCAAGGCUUGUGCAAAGGUUAAGGCUUUGCAGGAAGGUAAGCAAUUGCAUUGCCUUGCUAUGAAGAUUGGGGUAAGUGAGAACACUUACGUGUGUCCAACAUUGAUAAAUAUGUACACUGUGUGUAAUGAGGUUGACACUGCUAGGAGAGUAUUUGAUAAGAUUGACGAACCAUGUGUGGUAGCAUAUAAUGCUAUCAUUACUAGUUAUGCUAGGAAUAGUAGGCCCAAUGAGGCGUUGGCUCUGUUCAGGGAACUGCAGGGGAGUGGACUUAAGCCAAAUGAUGUCACCAUGCUUCUCGUGCUAUCAUGUUGCACUUUGGUUGGAUCAUUGGACUUGGGGAAGUGGAUACAUGAGUACGUCAAGAAGCACGGUUUUAUUCGCAAUGUAAAGGUGAACACAGCACUUAUUGAUAUGUAUGCCAAGUGUGGGAGCUUGGAUGAUGCAGUUUCGGUGUUUAGGCAAAUGCGCAGGGGGGACACGCAGGCUUGGUCAGCGAUGAUUGUCGCGUAUGCAACGCACGGACAUGGUUCCCGUGCUGUAUCAAUGUUGGAAGAAAUGAAGAAGGAGAAAGUGCAGCCUGAUGAGAUAACUUUUGUAGCGGUAUUGUCUGCCUGCAGUCACAAUGGAUUGGUAGAGGAAGGUUACCACUGUUUCCAUAGUAUGACUAAUGAGUAUGGGAUUGUUCCUCAUAUCAAGCAUUAUGGUUGUAUGGUAGAUUUGCUUGGCCGAGCCGGACGCCUAGAUGAAGCCUAUAAAUUCAUAGACGAACUCCCAAUCAAGCCCACACCAAUUCUCUGGAGGACAUUGCUAUCUGCUUGUAGCAGCCAUGGCAAUGUUGAAAUGGGAAAGCAAGUAACUGAGAGAAUCUUUGAGCUGGAUGAUUCACAUGGUGGGGACUACGUUGUUCUGUCAAACUUGUGUGCAAGAUAUGGAAAAUGGGAAGAUGUGAAUUUCUUAAGGAAAAAGAUGGUAGACAAAGGAGCAGUGAAGAUUCCUGGUUGUAGCUCUAUAGAAGUCAACAAUAUUGUGCAUGAAUUCUUCUCUGGGGAUGGUGUUCAUUCAACUUCGAAUGCAUUGCACCAUGCACUUGACGAAUUGGUAAAGGAAUUGAAGCUGGCUGGGUAUGUACCUGACACCUCUCUAGUUUUUCAUGCAGACAUGGAUGAUGAAGAGAAAGAAAUUAUUCUCAGAUAUCACAGUGAGAAACUAGCUAUUACUUUCGGGCUUCUGAAUACGCCUCCUGGAACAACUAUUCGUGUCAUGAAGAACCUUCGGGUCUGUGGGGAUUGCCACAAUGCUGCUAAAUUUAUAUCAUUCAUAUUUGGUAGGCAAAUCAUACUUAGAGACGUGCAGCGAUUUCAUCAUUUCAAAGAUGGGGAAUGUUCCUGUGGGGAUUACUGGUAAUGGAUUUUAUUGAUUCUUCUGCAAUAUUGAAAUGAUAGGUUGAUUCAUGACCAAAGAAUUUAGUGCUAUUAUUUGUGCUUGGAAUACCAACUCUAUGCAGCCGAAAAGAAGAGAUUUGUUACUUUAACACUGGGAGAGGAAUAGGAAUAGGAAUACUAUCAUCAUCUUGGGCAAAUUUAGGUAAUUAAUCAACAGAGUUGUACACACGGAUGUUAUAAAUCACGUAAUAUAAGGAUACUUUGGAUAGUUUAGAACCUCGGAUUCAUUCUAAUGUAAUAUAACUUAUUGUUAGUAUAUUUUGACACUCGUGUUUAUGUAAAUGAUGAUUUUUGUAUUUCAGCUUAUGAUGAUAU